GGUGGCAGGGGGCGGAGAGCUCCGGUGUCUGUUUUUGGGCGGGAAUUGAAACCGCCACUGCUGCCAACUAGAACUUCAGAGCUGCAAAGAUCCAGGCUUGAAGGGAGCCAUGGUGCGGCCUGUGAGGCAUAAAAAACCGGUCAAUUACUCACAGUUUGAGGACUCCGACAGUGAUGAUGAUUUUGUUUCUGCAACUGGACAUUUAACUAAGAAAUCUAGAACAGCACCAAAGGAGUUAAAACUAGAAGAACCAACAUCUAAACUGAAGAAUCUCCAGAAAGAAGAUACCCCAUUGCAAGAGAAAACCCCUAAAAAAAGGAUGGCUUUAGACGACAAGCUCUACCAGAGAGACUUGGAAGUCGCACUGGCUUUAUCAGUGAAGGAACUUCCGACAGUCAUUGAUGUGGAGGAGUCUCAAGAUAAAAGCACUGACCAACGUGGCAGUAGUAAAACAGAAACAAUGGAUAAGUCUCCCCACAUCUCCAAUUGCAGUGUAGCCGGUGAUUAUUUAGAUUUGGAUAAGAUUACUGAGGAAGAUGAUUUGCAUGGUGCUCGAGGGAAAAGAAAAGCAGCAUCUAAAGCUGGGGUACAGCAAAGGAAGAUUCUUCUGGAAGGCAGUGAUGGCGAUAGUGCUGAUGACUCCAAACCAGACUUUGCAACUAGUGAAAAUUCUGAGAAUGAUUCUGAUUUUGGUGAGAGUGAAGAUGAUGAUGAAGACGUCACUAUAAGAAAAAGUAAAGUUAAAGAAAUUAAAAAGAAAGGAGUGAAGAUUAAAUCCCCAGUUGAAAAGAAAGAGAAGAAACCUAAAUCCAGAUGUAAUCCUUUGGUGACUUCAGUAGACUCUGCUCCAGCUGCUGUCAAAUCAGAAUCUCAGUCCUCACCGAAAAAAGUUUCUCUUUCUUCAGAGGCCACUAGGAAACCAUUACAAAUACGCAGUCCUUCAGCUGAAAGCAAGAGACCUAAGUGGGUCCCACCAGCAAUAUCUGGAAGCAGCAGCAGCAGCAGCCCACAGGCAGGGGUGUCUGUUAAGUCUCCGAAUCAGAGUCUCCGCCUUGGCUUAUCCAGAUUAGCACCAGUUAAACCUUUGCAUCCAAACGUCGCUAGUAGCUGAGUGUGGUCUCAAAGAAAUGUUUAAUUAACAGAAUCACAAUUUUGCAAGUGUGUUCAUAUUUGAUUUGUGUUUAUAUUUGAAAAGGGUAUUGUAAUAUAAAGGAAUUCUUUAAUGUCAUAUAAAUUCUCUCUACCCAUUUUGUGAUUAUGUUCUCUGAAGAGCUAUUGAAACUUCGAUAAGAGAUUGGUUUGUAAGAAUCAUCUUGUAAUGUCAUUUCCUUCUGAAGAGCAUAUUCUAUUUUUCUUAUGUAUAAGAACUUAUUGUCAUUAGUAGUCGUCAGUUUGACGUGGAGGAAGUAUAUAUUACAUGCUGUUCUUUUCUAUUAACAGAAGGUUUCUUUCUAGUUUCGUCUAAUUUAUGGCACCUUAACUUUGUUCAGAGUUUAUCUGGCAAAAGGAAACAUUUCCAUUUUUCCCAGGAGACAUUUCUGAAAUCUUGUACUUAAGCUACAUUGUCAGUUUUAUUGCAAAGAUGUUUUGUAUUUUAGCCAAAUAUUUUUAUAAUGAGAAUUCAGAAUUAUUUUACACAUUAAAGCAGUUUCUAUAUGGCAUAUGUCUCCUACUUAGAAAUAAGAGGUUAUUGUACAGCCAAUAGAAUUUCUUGACAUUUUAUGAAACCCUCAUUGUCAAAACCUUUAAUAAAAAUGAAAGGUUUUGAUCUGCUCUUUUCCUUGGUACAAUUACAUCCGUCUCUGUCUACAUUUCAUGAUAAAAUGAAUGCUGGGCAAAAAAAAUUAGGCUUCUGAUGUAAAUAUAAAGGGUGGACUGUUAAAGUAAUCACUUUGUGUGUGGUCAGCUUUAGAGGGUGUCUGUCCAGUACCUCGUCGUCCCUAUUAUGAUAUUAGAUACUACAGCUUUUCAGGGAACUUAGAUCUGAAUUUGUUGUGAAUCAAAAUAGUAACAGACAUUUUAUAUUUAUGGUGACAAUUUCAACC